UAAUCCGUCAGAAUGAUUUUGUGACGUGUGAGAGAGUCGCUAAUCCCCCCCGUGGGAUUCAGGGGCGGCGCGGAGGGGCCCUAAUCCCUCGCCCAGGGGUUCGGGUGUCAGAAAUGCAACGGCGCUACCUUUUGUUAGCUUCAUGGGAAGUACAUCGAGAUUUUCCUUUUAAGAAACCUCGAGUGUGAGUGACUUAUUUACAAACUGCGUUACUGAAAGAAGCAAAGUAACGAGGAAGAGAAAAUGAGCCGCUCCGUUCAGGCCGCCAUCGGAAUCCUGUCGCCAACAAUUAGCAACGGAAAGGACUUCCUGGAACGGCGGAGCUGAAUGCGGAGGCAGCAGCGGCUCCCACGCCGACGUCGUUUUUAAAAGUGGAGGGUUUCCAGGGAAUGAGAGGCGUGCGAGCUCUAAAAGAAAGGAACGCGUAAUGAGCGCACGCUGCGAACGCAAACCCCUCGGCGGCUGAUGGGAAGCGAGUGACUUUUAAAGCGAGCGUUAAUUACACGAGCUGUCGGGAGCGUCUUAGCUUUAGCCACCGAUGCCUGACGUCUACCAGUUGACGCCGUUUUUAAGUAAAUGAUGGAAAUGCAUGCAGUGACCCGCGGGCAGUGUGCAGGAAAUAAACGUCCCCAAGCACAGUGAAUAGAUUGGAUUUUUUACUUUUUUUUUUCCUCUAAUUAUUAUCACUCUGGUGCAAAUAGAGUAUUGUUAACCGCAGGCUCUCUCGUUCCCGGAGAUGAAUCAUCUUUCCUGAAUGAAUGAGAGGCCUGAAGCUGGGAGGGAGGUUUUAAACAAAAACAAAAAAAGGGUUUUAAAGAAUAUCUUUUGAUUGUGGCACGUGAACGUGAAAACUCAAUGAUAUCUGCUAUUAUCAAACCUUUUAGAUGGAUUAUUUUCAUGAAUAUUGGAUUCUUUGUGUAAAUACCUUAGAUAAUAAUAAUUAAGUGUUUUGCAUCUAAUUGCAUCGAUUUGUACAGCUUUGCACUUAUUGUACCUAGACGGCAGUGACCACGUGGCAGAUCGUGUUGGUACUUAUUGAUCUCGCGCAUCGGGUUAAAUAGGAAGCUACGGUCAGCGGCUAAUCUCAGCUUGAACCCGGACACACAAAGUCCUCCCACCAGCACCGCGCGCUCACUAAUCAAACACGUCGAAUCACCUUUCUUUAUCCCAGACAAAAGGCCAGCUGUUAGUCUUCGUGCUAAGCUAAGCUACCUGCAAGCGGCGAGCGAGACGUUUCGCUCGGCGCGACCUGACUCUUCCAUGGACAAAUGGAGCCAUUUGGAGGAAAUACAAAGGCCUUAUUUACGAGAAUCCUGGAUCCUUUCAAAUGAGAGCGUUCCCACUUCCUCCACAGAAGCGCCUGUUGAAUGUUAAAAUCAAGGAUGGGUUCGAAUCAAUACUCGGGAUCGAUGUGGGCAACAUAUAAUUGAAACAGGCCCCGACUCGGACAGUACAAAUGCCUCCCCUGAGUUUUGAUGACAACAAGAGACCGACCAACAUCAGCACGGCUCCGUUUCCUUUUCUUUUUAAUAGACGCGAGUGAACAACUUGACCUUUUCGCGGUUUCGGCGUCAUCCGGAAUCGUUGGAGACGCGGGUCUUGAGAUGUCCGGGUCUCCUUCCCCUCCCGGGGAGAGAGCGUCGUGUGUUUUAUUGUGUGCAGAGUUAGUAAAGUAAAAAAAAAAAAGCGUAUGUGGCCUAUUUUUGGCGUGUUAGUUAAAUUUGUUAGGAUUUCACACAAGCUUAACUGAAUAUAAUCCUCCCCUCUGCUCCAGAACGCCGCUGAAACUUGAAACCAACCGACGAAGCCCUUUUGAAACGCUCUCCGCUGGACUCGUCUGCAGAGGACAACGUUUAUUAGACGGGUCGCGGGAGUUAAGACUCGUGUUUGGCGAGAGGGGAAGGGGCCCGAGAAUCGGAGGUGACACACCAUGAAGAAUGGAUGAGCUCCACCUCCCGAGACUAAAAUUAGACAGGAAGCUGAUAUGCUGAGUGUCCUUCAAGUAACACUGAGAUGUAUAAGCAACAACAAGAGAGUCAAGGGCGUGUUCGUGAUGGUGCUCUGUGUGGACAAGAAGCUGUGCCGUGACAGAGGGCAACGUGGGUAAAAGAGACAUGCGACACGCAGCCCUGAACCACUGCCACCUCUUCCUGGGCGGGGCCUUGCUGCUUCUCCUGGCCAGCCCGACCCUGAGCUGCCCCGCCCGCUGCGAGUGCUCCGCCCAGAGCAAGUCGGUCAGCUGCCACCGCAAGCGCCUGCCCACCAUCCCGGAGGGCAUCCCCAUUGAGACGCGCGUCCUGGACCUCAGCAAGAACAAGCUGCGGAUCAUCACGCCGGACAACUUCUCCUCCUUCCUGCAGCUGGAGGACCUGGACCUGAGCGACAACCUCAUCAGCGUGGUGGAGCCCGGCUCCUUCCGCUCUCAGCUUGCUCUGCGCUCGCUCAACUUUCGCAGCAACCUGCUUCAGCUGGUUCCCGCCGGCGUGCUGUCGGGCCUGACCAACCUCACCCGCCUCGAACUGGGACACAACCGACUGGUGGUUCUUUUGGACCAUGCCUUCCAAGACCUGCGCAGGUUGACGUCCCUCAAGGUGGGCGACAAUGAGCUGGUUUUCAUCUCUCAGCGAGCCUUCACUGGAUUACUUGGACUCCAAAGUCUCACGCUGGAACGUUCCAAUCUGACCGUGGUUCCCACUGACGCUCUGACGCACCUGCACAGCCUGGUCGAGCUGCGCAUGCGCUACUUGAGCAUCAGCUUUCUAAAACCUUUCUCCUUCAAGAGGUUAUCACGUCUCCGCCGACUGGAGAUUGAUUACUGGCCCUGGCUGGAGACGCUGCCCCCCUUCUCCCUGCACGGCCUCAACCUCACGUCGUUGGUCAUCACCAACACCAACCUGUCGGCCUUCCCCGGCGCCGCCCUGAGCAGCCUGCCCUACCUCACGCAUCUCAACUUGUCCUACAGCCGCAUCAAGCACAUACAUCAGGGCGACCUGGGCCAACUGCCCCACCUGCUGGAGCUCCACCUCCAAGGGGCUCGUCUGAUUUCCAUCGAGCCCUUUGCAUUCUCGGGCCUCAGGUCUUUGCAGCUGCUGGACGUGUCGCGGAACCGCCUGGACUCCCUGGAGAGCGGCGUGUUCGCCUCGCCGGGCGCCCUCCAGAGGCUCUGUCUGGGCGGUAACCCAUUAGUGUGCGACUGCAGGUUGCUCUGGCUGCUCAAUAGCCACAAGCCCUCCGCUCUGCAGAUUCUGGACGUGCAGCCAGAGUGCAGCGCCCCGGAGCACCUCCUGGGGAAACCACUGCGUGACCUCAAGGAGCCUCUGGUCUCCAGAUACAUGAUCUGCACCAAGCCCCGGAUCGGACCCAACACGACGCAGCUGCUGAUGGCCGACGAGGGUCAGCCGGCCCGCCUGAGCUGCACGGCGGAGGGAGCGCCCCGGCCCUCGGUGGUGUGGGUCACGCCUCACAGAAGCCACAUCACGACCAAGAGCAGCGGCAGGAUGGAAGUCCGGCCGGAUGGGACCCUGGAGAUCAAGGAGGCGGAGCUGCAUGACAGCGGCGUGUACUUGUGCGUUGCCAGUAACCCGGCUGGAAACGCCAGCCUGUCGGCCUCUCUAGCUGUGAAGGGCCUGGGCCUCGGCGACAGAUCUCACUUCAGCAACAGGAGCUCAAACUAUCUGACAGACUCCAACAGCACGUGGGGCAAUGGGACGGUACUGUACAACAUGACAGUCCCCAUAGACCUUAAGACCAUCAUCAUAUCUACAGCAAUGGGCUGCCUGUCCUUCCUCGGCGUGGUGAUCUUCUGCUUCCUGCUGCUGUUCGUGUGGAGCCGGGGGAAAGGACGCCACAAGAGCAACUUUGACAUCGAGUACGUCCCUCGCAAGUCCAACGGCGCGGCGGCAGACGUGGCGGAAACGAGCGGCCCGCGGCGGGUGAACAUGAAGAUGAUUUGAAGGAAGGAAAGAAGGAAGGAAGCGGACCUUACGCGGACGCUAGCGAAGUCUACAAAAAAAGUGCACAUACCAGCUGUGGGAGGGGGAAACAUUUCUUUUUCUAUCACUCGGUGAAUUUGUGACUAACAAAAGUGACGUACUAUUUACAGUGGGUGUCGAUAUGACGGUGAUCUAGUGAUAAAGUGGGCAUGUGAAUAUAAAAGUGAUCUAUGAAACCGUGGAUGUGUUUAUAUGAAAUAAUGUUCUCAUACGGUACAUUAAGUAUACUACUAUAACCAACAUAUCAAUAUGGGAGUGAUGUGGUGCUGCACUAGGCAUGUCUUUCAGUGGUGAUGUGAUGAGUAAUGAUGUUGUCGACCCGCCGUGACAUCGGGGCGAGGGAGGAAGCCGUUUGGGAGCCGGCACCGCUGCGACAUGACAGGACUAAAUCAUCCAAAGCCCCUCUUAGCUGCAGAAUGGAAGGGUGUGUGUGUGUGCGUGUGUGUGUGUGUGUGUGUGUGCGCGUGAGUGCAUCCGUGCGUUUCUUUGUGCAUGUGCACGCAUUUGCCUUUCUCGUUGGACGCGGCGAUCGAGGUCCAAAGCAUUUCUCCAGGCCUUGGCUCGCGUUGGGUCAUUGUAGCAACGGCGUUGCCACCGUUGACUAAAACGUGUUUGAAUACAAAAAAAAUAAAAAAAUCACAAAGAUUAUAUUUAAGAUAUUUAAGAGAGACGCUGCAGACAUUUAGAAGAAGUUCACAGGCCCCCGUCGGAAUGACUCCGAUGUUUGAUGGGGGAUUUUUUCCCAAACUCGAGGAGCCGUUAAACGAACACACGGCGGUUUCCAUUUGAAAUCUUUCUUUUUCAGCGGUCAGAGCUGUUAUUACUCCAGAAAAAACUUCCAGCCACAGAAGUGGCACGUUGAACCCAUUUUAUGACAUAAUAAAUCACGGGCAGGUUUCCCUGCCAAACAAAUCCCUCGACGUGAUAUGAGAGAGUCGGGGUCCAGACAGAAGGGCAGAGAUUUACCGGCCGUGUCCCUCUUUGGGACGAGACAAAGUUGAGCCGCACAGAUUUAUGGGUUAGCGUUUCGCCCUCCUGUCACAUGUUUCUUUUGAUCGCCCCACUUCAAGCUUUAGCGUGUCCAGAUUCUUCCCUCGGGCGCCGAGGCGUUCUGGGUGUUUAAUAGGUGGCAAUUUGAGAGUUGUAGUUGAAACCUUGUAUUGUUUAGUUUUUUUGUUGACAAUGUUUUAAAUGUUUAAGAAAAAAAAAGAAGAAGAAAAAAACAGUAAAACCAAUUGAGGGCAAUUGUUUGUAAUGCAGGGAGGUGGGUGUUAACUUGUGUGAUCCUGUUGUGAAAAAAUGUUCAAGGUUGUAUAAUUGUUUUCAUAUGACAAAUUUAUGGGUAUAUUUUCAAAAGGAAAUAAAUCUUGAUCAUACCCCGAUAACUGGACUUUACAGUUCAUUCACAAUCCUGUGCUAUUAAUCCUUUUCUCUGAACUAUAUCAGUUAUGGUACUUAAAAUUCUUCCUAUAACCCAUGUUUCUCUGUCACUGAGUAUUGUAUUGAUCUACAGUCGUGCCCUUUUCAUCGUCCACAUUUCAUGUCACAUAGUAAACCUUUAUGUCA